UGACAAUCAAGCCACACAUGUACCCUCUCAUUCUGAGUGAACAAUACACUGGCAAUCCUUCAGAGCCUAGUAUCAACCCCCAAUGCCGAGGCCCGUCCACUGUCGACUUCAAUGUCACUUCCACAGCUGCCAUUUCUACCGUUAAACACACCACAAACCCCUAUACAGACGCCUCACAGUCGCCCCCCUUCAUCAUCAGCAUCUACCAGGUCCUAUAGCACUAGACAAACACCAGAAGAAAAGUUAGAUGUAAUAUUCAACACAAUCAUCAAGGAAAUGCACUGGUCUUUCGCAGAAUUCAUGUACUAUGCAUUCCGGAUAAAAGACAAUGAUGGAAAUGAAAUUCACCGAACGAAACAGCAUGCUACCAUCAUCAGUCGAUUUUUACGAGGUCGUGACCGGCACCUGCCCAUUGACAUACUUGCAAUGUGGAUGGAACACCCUGAUGGCC